GUGAAAAGCUACUUAGCUGCAGACUCCUUGGCAGCCAUUCACCCUCACGCUGACGUCUCCUCACCUGGGAGCAACUCCAGCUCAGUUCUCUCCACCAUGGGCUUCAGACCCAGCACCAACUCCUCCUAUGCCCAUACCAGCCCACUUCAUGUUUUACAGGUGUUGCUGCCACUAUCACUGCUCCUGAUUGUGCUGGUUCCCUCCACCAUUGGAAAAACUACGGAUGUGGUUAAGGAGCUGUAUAUUGAACUUCGCUGCAGGUGUGUAAAAACCAUCUCUAGCAUUCAUCUUAGUAAGAUCCAAAGUGUGAAUGUGAUCAAGUCAGGACCCCAUUGCAACAGAGUUGAAGUGAUAGCCAUGUUGAAGAAUGGGAAGGAAGUCUGCCUAGAUCCAGAAGCUCCCAGAAUCAGGAAAAUAGUCCAGAAAAUUUUGGAAGAUGAGCCCAACUCUUAUGGGCUAAUGCACCGCAGCUCCUCACCCUCCACACAGGCUUCCGGACUGGACGGACACUGGGGAUAAAACAGGCCUGAAGAGUCUCAGAAGCACUGGUCUGCAUCCGAC